CGGUGUCCUUGCUGCGCCCUCCGUCCUGCUGGGGCGUCCCCCGGCCCGUUUGUACAUAUACGCCCAUGCCACGGUCGUCCCGUUCCUCUGCUCUCCCUCGCACCAUUGCCCUCCAUUAGGCCACUGUGGCCUGCAGCUUCUCUUGUGUGCUCCUCUGGCACCAUCACUGCUCAUCUCUCCAUAGCAACCUCAGUAGCUUCUCCAUAGUAGCUCAAGGAAACCACCUCCUAGCUUUCCGGCAGCAUCUCCCUGAGCUUUACUACGUUGUUUGAUGGAAGAGCCUACACGAGACACAAGCUAGCUCUGUCAUCAAUAAUCUCGCUCGCUCCAAGAAGAUCUUGCCUGCUUCCCUUUGCUGCGGCCUCGAUCGACCUGCCCAAACAUCUACACAUUCCUGGCUGUAAGAGAUGGUCUCAUGGCCGUGAGCUCACCUCGCCGGGCACUCCUCGCCGCCGUGCUCCUUGGCUUCCUCCUCGGCGCCGCGACCAGCAUCCGCACGGCGACGUUUUCCUCUUCUCAGAACCUGGCGGAGGACAAGUCGCGGCUGGGGUCGACGCCGCCGAGCUGCCGCAACCGGUGCAGCGCGUGCAACCCCUGCAUGCCCGUCCAGGUGACGACCGUGCCGGGGCUCGGCGGCGCGGUCCGCGUUACCGACGACACGGUGGCCGGCUUCUCGCGCUACUCCAACUACAAGCCGCUGGGGUGGAAAUGCCGCUGCGACGGCCACCUCUACGACCCCUAGCGUGCCGGUCAGCCGGUGUCGCUUCUCUUCUCCAUGGCGCCGCGCAAUUCGAGUGUCGGAGUGUGUACUCUGCUUCCUUUUCCGAUGGAGAUUCUGGUCUGGUCUCGGUUAGCUAGCUCAUCUGCUCCCCAGAUUCUUCUUCUCGGGCGUGUCGUCUGUUCUUGCCCAUAGCAGCUUGCUUCAUGAGCUUUCUCGCUCUAGAUCGAGCUUGUACUGCCUGUAGCCGUAGCCAUUUUUUUUUCGCUCUCCGCUGAAGCAAUUUACUCGCGUGUAAAGAGUGAUUGGGAGCAGUAAAAAUUCCAGCACUACAACUGCUA